AUGACCACCCCCAGCUUCACCCCCUCAACCACCAUUCCCGAACUAACCAAGUCCAUCGUCAACUCCACCGUCACCCCGGUCGACAUGGAAGACGAUGCCCCCCUCUUCGCCUCCUCACUCAUUUCGCCCGAGAUCAUCUCCAUCCUCCCCACCGACUAUACAAUCCGUCCUCUGCGCCGAUCGGACUACCAGCGCGGCUAUCUGGACGUCCUUCGUGUCCUGACCACCGUCGGCGACAUCAGCGAGGAACAAUGGAACCAGCGAUAUGACUGGAUUGCCUCUCGCAACGACGAGUACUACAUGCUCGUCAUCUGCGACGGACAGGAUCAGAUCGUCGGCACAGGCAGCCUGAUUGUGGAGCGCAAAUUCAUUCAUUCGCUCGGCAUGGUGGGUCACAUUGAGGAUAUCGCCGUGGAGAAGAACCAACAGGGCAAGAAGUUGGGAUUGCGCAUUAUUCAGGCUUUGGACUACGUGGCCGAAAAGGUUGGCUGUUAUAAGAGUAUCCUCGAUUGCUCCGAGGCCAACGAAGGCUUCUACGUAAAGUGCGGCUUCAAGCGGGCUGGUCUCGAGAUGGCUCACUACUACUGA